AUGCGGGGAGCCCCCCGGCCGACGCCCCCCCGGGCCCCCGCGGGCCUGCGGCGCGCCUGGGAGGACGCCUACCGCGCGCACCGGCGGAGGGUCCAGGACGCCCAGCCACUGGUGGACACCUGUGCCCCAUGGACGCCCAGCCAUCUCCAUCUGAAACUCAAGAAACUGAAGCUGGAGCAGGACCGGCUCUCAGCCAUCGACAGGGACAACCGCCUGCUGCUGCAGAGGGUGUCCAGCAUCAUGAGGCACAGGGGACAGGCCACAGCAGGACCCACAGCAUGCCCCACGGUGGCAGGCCCGCAGCCCCCGGCCCGAGCAGCCGUCUCUUUUCUCUCCCGCCAGAGAGCCAGGUGCCAAAGAAAUGCCCUUUCCUCUGUGACGCAGGGACCAAGGUUUUAGUGGAGACUCGUCUCCAGCAAACCAGCCCUGAAGCCCAUGGCCAUGAGCCCACCGUGUGCCCACUGCUGCAGCCUUCCUUGUUUGCCCUCCAAGCAGCCCUGUGAGGGAGGGUGCUGAGCUCAGCUUGCAGAGAGAAGCAGAGGCACGGGUGGCUGCAGGCCUGGGCGUGAUCUCAGCUGGAAAGCCAGGGGCCAGGCGCCGAGGCAGAGAAGGCAUUUGUUUCUCCACCUGCCGACCCUGGCCCAGCCCAGAGAGACGCCAGGUGGCCAUGCAGUUGCUGUUCCUGCCACCUGGAGCCGGCCCAGGCGAGCGGCCACCCUGCGGCUGAGACUGCACCCUCCCACCACUGCCAGAAACUGCCCCUCUAUGUCACUGUCCCUCCCUUUUAAGCACAAAGGUCAGUGGUGACUUUGGUGGACAGUGAGUGAGGUUCCUGUCUUUGCAGAAGUUCUCAGUUCUUUGAAACGUUCACCUUGUACCCGUCUCCAAGGUGCUGGGAGAGGGUCCGGAUCUCACGACAAAGCCCCCAGCCAUCCGCAGCGCAUGGGGUACGCAGGGGUGGCACAGGCCCUGGGAGAAGCCGCAGCCAGAGGUGCAUCCUCCUCAGAGAGGCUCCAGGCUGGGGCCACCGGUGCCCAGCUGCCAUUGAAACCGGGAGCCACUGGCCAAUCUCCACUCUCCCGGGCUCAUUCGCGUCGGAUCUGGACUCACUUUCUGCAUACAGGCCUCGCUCUCACCCACAAUGACCCCUCCCAUGCCACCUGCCCCGGCCCUGGGGGCCAGAAGACCAGCUGGGAGGCCCGGAGUCUCUGGAAAGGAAAACCCCACGUGCUCCAGGAGGAGAAUUCCUGCAUCCCUCUCCCUCCAUCCCUGCCGGUGCACGCCCUGGGCGUCAGCGAGGAAGGGAGAAGAGAUGGUGGCACUGGAGACACUGGUGUGGCCCAGAGGUGCCCACAGAGGGACAGGGGACCCCCCCCCCCACGGAGGGUGAGGGCUGGAGGCGCGGCGCUGCCCGCCGGUCUUGCUACUGGCCUGUCCCCCAGGCGGCGGUGGGUCCUGUGCACCUGAGCGAGCAUGGACUCAGGACAACACACUGGACUUGGGCCAGACCCGCAGACUGGAGCUGCCCCUGCCCGGCACCGUCCCAGGGGAGUGGCCGGGCGGCCCCUCCCACCAGCACCUGGAUCUGGGCAGAGCCGCUGAGAAGCUACGACCCCAGAGCAGGUCUGGACACUGGGAGUCAGGCAGAGAAGACUGCGUCGGGCCCUCACAAAGACCAUGUCCUUCGGAGAAGGCCACCUUGGCCUCACUCCCAAGUCCAAACCCCGAGACUUCGGUGGGCGGAGUGGGCGCCCUGAGUCCCCCUGGGCGCGAGGGGAUGGUGUCCAACCAACCUGUCCGCGUGCUCAGAGGAGUGACCUUGCUUCUGAAAAAUCAUGAGAGAGCCAGAAAAAAAACCCGAACUAUUAGAAUUGAUACACGAACUCAACAAAUUAAUCUGGGGGUACCAGAUUAAUAUGUGAAAGUCGAUUGUAUUUCUGUGUCCUUGAGAUGAAGUGCAUGAAAUGUACUGAAACCAUCUGAAAAUGAAAUUGAGAAAAUGAUCCUGUUCGCAGUAUCACCAAAAAGAUGAAAUAAUUGGAAAUAAAGUUAAUAAAAUAAGUACAAAUCUUAUCUUCAGAAAACUACAAAAAUUAUUGAAAGAAAUUAAAGAUCUAAAUAAAUGGAAAACCCCGUGUGUGUGGACCAGAAGGCGACACUAAGCGGUCACCAGAGCCACCUGUGUGCUCAGUGCGUUCCCAUCAGAUCCCAGCUGCAUCUUCGUAAAAAUUAACAUAUUGAUUCUAAAAGUCACCUGGAAUUGCAAGGAGCAUCAAGGAGUCAAAACAAUCCUGAAAAGAGCAAAGGAGGCCCAUGUGCUGUUUCAGAACGACUGCCCGCGUGGUGACGAGGCCGCCUGAUGAAGACGGGGAGGCGACGUGUGUGGGAGCCGCGAGACACGCUGUGUGGCUGCUCUGCCUCAGCGAGGAGGCGGCUGGUCACGGGGGAGAACAGCGAGUCACAGGAGAGGCUGGAGCAGGGGUCCCGACAGCGGCUCCGACACACUCUAUACUCACAUGCAAAAGUGCCAAGUUGGCUCUUAUCCACACCAGAUACGGAAAUUAAAAUGUAUCAAAGCUCUAAAUACAAGAACUGAAAUUGUAGAACUCGUAGAAAACAUAGAGAUGAGUCUCCUUGACUUCGUAUUUGGGGUCACACAUGACACCAGAGCAUGAACAGCAAGAGAGAAAUAAACGAGUCGGACUUGACCAAAAGUAAAGACUUUUUGGUUCAAAGAACAAGUCAAGGAAGAAAAAGAUCCCACAAACGAGGAGGAAAUAUCUGCAAUCUUGUAUCUGAGGAGAGACUGAAUCUAGACCAUCUGAAGAACCAUACAGCCCAAUGAUAAACGCACCAAUACCGUAACCUAAAGGUGGGCAAAGGAUCAGAGUAAAUAUUUCUCCAGGGAAGAUGUAAAAAAGGGCGAUGAACACGUGGGGAAGAGAGCUCAACAUUAGUCAUCAGGGGAUGCAGGCAAAACCGCAGCGGGAGCCCCCGCCGACCCCACAGGGAUGAUAUUUGUGGGGCCACCGGGGGCCAGCGCCAACAGUUCCUGAAAUAGAGUGGCCCCAUGAUUCAGCGAUCCCACGCGGAGAUGUGGCACCGGCAACUGAAGCACGUCCACAGGGACACGAGCAGGCGUGUUCACAACAGCCUCCGGUGACACCACAGAUGCCCGUCAACUGGAGAGACAGACGUGAGCGUUACGGGUGGAGCGCGGGGGCUGACUCCAGCUGGGCCCUGGCUGCGCCCACGGGAGGCCGCACUGUGCGGGUCAGGCACAGGAGAGGCUCAGCAGGGGUGCCGGAGCUGGGCGGGCGUCAGAGGUCACUCAGGCUGGGUGUGCAGGGUGACGAGUUGAUGGUUCAAGGGUAGGCGGUGGUUUGUGUUUUUGUUUUUUUGAGGGAAGUGAAAAUGUCCUCAAGUGGCCCAUGCCGACGGCUGCACAUGUUCACGACUCGCGCAGCGGGUCUGGAGGGGAGGGGCGCUCCAGCCUAGAAUAACAGACUUGACAAUGCUAAAUAGGGCUGCGUGCUGGGAAGGUGGUGGAGGAGGAAGCACCACGAAUCUGUCUUCCCAUCUGGACAACAGUAACGCCAGAAGCAGCUGUAGAAAGUAACUGUUGGGGACUGUGGAGUCUAUUAAAUUCUUACAAUUGCAGGGAAAGGCUCCGACAGCAGACGGCGGCUAAUUGUGGUCAAUCUCAGCUCUUCAGGCGCUGGCGGCUGCCCAUCGGCCACCCAGUCCAGAGCAGGCAGCUGUGCUCCUGGGGCCUCUCGGGGAACGUGGGGAACCCAAACCAGGGAUUGGGGGAAAAGACAGAAUUUACAGGCAAACUAUAAAUCAGAGACAUCCACGG